AUGGGUUUUAAUUUACUGACAAUCUUUUUACUAAUUGCUAGGUUAUUCGAUAAUGUUAUUUGUACACAAUAUAUUAUUCAAUUAGUUGAAAAUACUCAAGUGAAUGCGUUUCUUAAGAAGCAUGAUAUAGAUGUCAUGGAUAGUAAUAUACUUCCUAUUGAAAUUGGGAACUCGUUUAUUGCCUUUUCUGGUGACUUAAGUAAGGAACAAGUAUCGAGUGUUUUUGAGGACAAUGCUGCUGCUGCUAUAUCUACUGAAAAAUACUUAGAAUUGCAAGGCUAUUUAAAACAAACAGAUGCACCGAAGCAUUUGGGAAGGUUGACAAAAGAUAGUAUAAAAAGUUCUCAGUAUCAUUAUGCAAACAAUCAAUAUAUUUUUAGUGACACGUCAGGUAAUGGUGUAGAUAUUUAUAUAGUGGAUACUGGAAUCGAUAUACAGCAUCCAAUUUAUCUACAAAACAACAUUCAUAAGUUAAUUGACCUAACCACCAGUCCGAUUCCAAGCGGAGAUUUCAAUGGGCAUGGAACUGCCAUGGCAGGAAUUAUAAACUCUGAUCCAUUUGGUGUAUUGAAAAGUGCAAAUUUAGUCGAUGUUAGAGUAGUAGAUGCUAAUACAAAACAUGCCACAAUGUCACGAGUAUUGUCUGCUUUGUCAUUAAUCGAAAAACAUGAACAGAAAACCAUGAGACCUUCAAUCAUUGUCUUGCCAUUUCAAACGGAAAAGAAUACCAUUUUAGAGUCUGCAAUUGAAAAUAUAUCAAAGAAAAUCCCUGUAAUUAUACCCGCUGGGAACAAACAUCAAAAUGCUUGCAAGUUAAGUCCUAUGGGUAUCAAAAAAUUAUCAAACGUAUUAGUUGUAGGUUCGUUGGAGUAUUCAGAAGAACAAAAUUAUUUGGAUAUUGCUAAAUUUUCCAACUAUGGAUCCUGCGUUGACAUAUACACAUCAGGAGUGGACAUUUCAACGUUAAAAACAAGUAGUAAUGGUGGAAAGGAGUUAAUACAUAAUGUAACAGGAACUUCGUAUAGUUGUGGGAUUGUUGCAGGUGUUGUUGGGUAUUACAUGUCGAAAGGAAUGAACGGCACUGACGCUGUCAGUAAAGUCCUAUCCUCUCCGUUGGUAGCAACAAGAAGCAACACCAGUAUUAAGGAAUUAAAAUUAUUUAUUUAA